CGGAGCGACCGAGUGCGGCCGGGGUUUGGCGUUGGCCGGUAACUGACGGCGCUGCCCCGGUCCCCCCCCCCCCCGCCAGUCGCCGGGCGGUCACAGGGUCGUGCGCUUGCCGCGGGGCGGGCAGAGGAGACGUCAGCUGCCGCCGCCGCGCGCGGACACGUGCGGGCAGGACCGUUGGGCUCGGGGGGCGAGAGCGGCGCGUGGAGAGAUGCCCAAAGUCCGGCGGGAGAAGUCGCGAGGGCGGCGGGAGGCCGCGGCUUCCGGUAUUGUGUUCAACACUGGAAUUGGACAGCACAUUCUGAAGAAUCCUUUAAUUGUGAAUAGCAUCAUUGACAAGACUGCUAUUAGACCCACAGAUGUCAUACUGGAAGUUGGCCCUGGUACAGGUAACAUGACUGUGAAGAUUCUGGAAAAGGCUAAAAAGGUAAUUGCUUGUGAACUUGAUAGCAGACUUGUUGCUGAACUACAGAAAAGAGUUCAAGGAACACCUGUUGCAAAUAAACUUCAAAUAAUGGUUGGGGAUGUGCUGAAGGCAGACUUGCCAUUCUUUGAUGCAUGUGUAGCAAAUUUACCAUAUCAGAUCUCAUCUCCAUUUGUUUUUAAACUACUGCUGCACAGACCAUUCUUCAGAUGUGCAGUGUUAAUGUUCCAACGUGAAUUUGCUCUUCGACUUGUUGCAAAGCCAGGAGAUAAACUGUACUGCAGGCUCUCAAUCAACACACAACUACUUGCACGUGUGGAUCAUCUCAUGAAGGUUGGAAAAAACAACUUCAGACCACCUCCUAAAGUUGAAUCAAGUGUGGUUAGGAUAGAACCAAAGAAUCCACCUCCACCAGUGAACUUCCAGGAAUGGGAUGGUCUGGUCAGGAUAGCAUUUGUGAGAAAAAACAAGACUCUAGCUGCAGCUUUUAAAUCCAGUGCAGUUGAACAGUUGCUGGAAAAGAAUUACAGAAUACACUGUUCUUUGCGUAACAUUGAAAUUCCAGAAAACUUUAGUAUUACUGAAAAAAUCCAGAAAAUCCUAGAAGAAACUGAAUGCAGUGAAAAACGAGCUCGAACAAUGGACAUAGAUGACUUCUUUGAGGUAAAGAGAAAUGAUGUGCAUGGGCUUUGUUCUUUUACUUUAUAGCAACUUCUCCACCUUUCUUUGAAACCCAUGUAUCAUACAAUUAUGAGAUACCUGAGUAAAUGAGUAACAUUUAGCCAUUGGUAUGUCGUAAUGAACAGUUGGGAGAAUUAAUUAUUUAAUUUUGCCGCCAAAUUUGACAUUGGAACUUGACAGCAUAGGAAUCAAGCCUGUGUUUCCAUUUUUUGUUGGUCUGGAGAGUCUAUUAACUUUUAAGUUUCACAUUUUUUUUUGUGUGGUUAUGCUGCAAUAUAUAAUGUCAUGUCAACUGCAUUUUGUGCAUUCUGCUAACUUCAUCAGUUUUAAUGAACAUGUAACUCUUUAGUUUUAAUAUUAUAAAGAUCUGUUUUCUAUUACACUACUGCAGUUCCAAUUUCUUUUUACGUGGGAACUCUACUAGAGAGAGGGAAAGAUAAAAUCAAUUUCAUUCCACCAGGGUAAUGUUUCUGUUUUCUUCUGCAGUUUGCUCCAUGGUUUCAAUUCACAAGGAAUCCACUUCUCAUGAGAGUACUUUCUGCAGCUUGAUUGUAGAUGUUCUUUUAAAAAGUUUUGUUGCUGUUACAGUAUUGAGAGAUUUACAGUCAUUGGGGAGAAGUUUAACUUGAUUAAAUUAAAACUGAUUAAACUUCCUUUGUACAUGUGCAACUUAUGUAAGUUUGCAUAAAGAUGCUCAGUUCUGAAACAGCCAUGUAGUAUGUGUAAACAAAAUUAACAUGGAACAUUGCUAAGUUUAAACUUCUAUAUUUGUAUAUGUACUUUAUAAUAGCCUAUCAUAUCAAGUAUGUGUUGUGGUGUGAUGCAGCAACAUAUAGUUUCAAAAAUUAAGUACAAAAUGUGAAUCUAAUCUUAUUAAACUCAAAAUAUUUUGUGAACAACC